AAAUUUCUUUAAUCAUCGACAAUAAAGAAAACUCUCCUCCUGUUCAAAGUGGUUUCAUGAAACCGCUUCAUCGCCUGCGAGCCCUUCCAUUUUUCCUCAGUUUCUACUUUCUACACAGGAUUCUCGUUCCUUUUUUCAGCACCUGAAAAUUUCUGGUACAUUCCGGGCAAGUUUAGCGUUCGACUGUCACAAGCUGUUAAAACCCACCGUCGAUUCUGGAGGAUUUUGGUUUUCGAUCGUCUUUCGGAUCAUAUUCUAUAUUUUCCUUAGGCUAAAAUUGAUAGGAAAAAGGAAUUCCAUAUUUUGGGGGGAGUUCCACCGUCGAUCUUUGAUUUCCUUCUGCUGUCGAGAAUUACUGGUAAAUCGGUAAAUCACCCAAAACUCGAUUCCUGAUUUUUGGGUAUUUUUUAAAUCAUCUGAAGGAUUGGUUUCUGAUUUUCUGGGCGCGACAAGAAUUUCCCGGAAAAUCUAUUUCUCGUCUCUGGGCGCCAUCGAAAUUAUUUGGAUCCUGUGGUGCGAUUAUCGGUCGUGGCGAUGGCUUCCGGCGGUCUUGAUCGCUGGAGAAAUUACUUCCGCUCUGCGAAUGCCGAUAUAUUUGAAAUCAUCGAGAAUGCAAUCGCGGUAGCGGCUUCCGAUUGCCCGAAAGAGUUCAGACAGCGGAGAGAUCGAAUUGCAGAGAGAUUAUUUUCGUGCAAAUUGACUCAGUGUUCAGGCUGUGCCCGAGUCGAGUUAACCGUACCCAGAACUGAGGAGGAUGAAGGCUGUAAGAGUGGUUUUGAUGGAGAUGGAUGUGAAUUUGGGGCUGGUGCUAGUAAAGGGAGCAAGAUUGUCAGUAGUAGAGAUGAUUCUGAGGACAUGAUUCUGAACCACAUUAGCAAUUACAGCUAUGGAGAAGCUGAGGCAUUGACAGAUGAGAUUGAAGAAGAGAGACGGAUUGUGGGGGAGGUUUUGAGGAUCAAAGAGAUUUUUCAGAAUAGUCAAGAUGAGCCGCAGUCAGUGCUGUACGAAUCACUGAGGAAACUUCAAUUGAUGGCGCUGACUGUGGAUACCCUAGAGGCAACGGAAAUAGGAAAGGCUGUCAAUGAUCUGCGGAAGCAUGGAUCCGUGCAGAUCCGCCAACUUGCUCGAAAACUUAUCAUCGUAUGGAAGGGUAUGGUAGAUCAGUGGAUGAAUGCUACUAACCAAACAAUUGCAGAAAGGACACCAGAUUCUGUGAAUCCAUCUGUUGUUGAUGAUGAGGAGGAGGAUGAAGGCCUUCCUUCUCCACCCAUGGAUGAUAUUUACUUUGCCACCACUCAAACUGCUACGAUGGAUAUCUCGCAGUUCUUUGAUGAAAUGGAUGAUGAUGGAAAUCCUCGUAACAGUGGGGAAUGCAUCAAGAACCAUGAAAAUGGACGAAAACCAUCAAUCGAGAAGCCACAUGUUCCCAAGUUGAAACAGCAACCACCCAAUGAAGCAAAUGUGAUUGCCAAGGACAAUGGUCAACUGAUGAAGAGACCAGAAGCUGUUAUGAAGACAAAUAAGCCCUCGAACACUGAAUGUGGGCCUGGGAGACCUAUGAAACCAAAAUCAAGUGUGCAGCAAAAGGUCAACCAUGAAACAAAAUGUCAACAAAAACAAGAAAAGGUUGCGAACCAAAGGAGGUUACUGGCUGCUCAACAAAAUAUUAAGUGUAAAGAUGAGGAAGAACUCCAGCAAAAGCUUGAAGUCACAAAAAGGAAGCUCCAUGAGCGUUACCAAGAAGUCGAGAAUGCGAAGAAGCAGCGAACAAUACAGGUUAUGGAGCUGCAUGAUCUCCCGAAGCAGGGGGUUGGCCAUAGAAAUCCCCAUAUGAGGCCUGGGAGUAAUAAUAAUCAGCAAUGGAAAAAUGGAAGGCGCUAGCCCUCCUAGUUUUGCAGAUCAGUCUUGUUUAUCUUCGAAGUUUCUUCCAUUUUAAAGUUGAGUGGAGGGCCACCUGUAAGUCUGAAAAAAGGGCUUCGCCACUGAAACAUCAUCAACAAUAAGACAUUUUCUUUUGAUCCUGCUGGAGAAGGAAGCGCCCAAAUUUUGAGGAAGCAAAGCUAUUGAAACUCUUAUCCUAGUUCAGACCCUUAUUUUGGUACAGUGAUUGACUUUUUGUAAGAAAUUGGAUGGUGGAUUAUAUAUCUUGCUUUCUGAAUUUUUGUUUUGGUACUUGAGAUAAAUUUAGAGGGAACACCAAUUUGCACCAUCCAUUUGGAAAUUGCCCCUUGUGGCAUAAUACUUUCCGGAGCCAGACUUUUUGUGUACUGGAUAAUGCACAUAAACUUGCAUUGAUCAAGUAGGUGCAUUUUUAUGAAAUCCAACUUGGCUUGUAACAGUUAAUAGUUUGAAUACAGAAGUUGUAAAUGGAAGUAGGCUGAUGUUCAUGUUUUUAUAUGAAAUGUGCAAACAGUUGAUCACAGAAAUUCAGAUGACUAUUUGUUCUUGGUA